GUGCGCGCACCGCUUUGCGCCGUCUCGACCUAAUAUUCGCGCCCUCUCAACCCUUGUCGCUCAAUAUUCUUAAACAUAAUAAAACAACAGCCCGUCAUCCCCUUCAUUAAUCAUUUAAAAUAUAGACCAGACGGCCAACGACAAAACAAAUACAUGUUAUGUGAAAUCAAAGUCAGUGGGUCAAUGGCAAAAUCUUUGCAGAGAUUACUUACAUCAUUGUUACAAUAAAUUCGGCGGGAAACAUACAUAAGACAUAAAGUUAUUGAGAAUAAUUAUGGCAAUAAAAAAGUUGUAAUUUGUCAUCUAUGCAUAAAUAAAUUUCGAAGACCAUAAAUGAAUCAAAAUGAAUAACUUUAAUGAAAUGCUUUUAGAAAUACCAUGAAAACUUACUGAAAACAUGGAUAAAACACAGCGAGAGCGUUUGGCGAAAAUUUGUUUAUGUUUGGUUCCACCAUGGCGAUUUUUGGAUUUAUCAGACGAAAAAUUGUAUCUCGCAUACACUCAGAGACAGAGGCAAGGAGCAGUUUUGCGUUGGAUUGCGCUGGGCUUACUAUUGCAGAUAUUUAUUGCGUUGGUGCCGGGAGAAUCUAAUCUAGAAUUUGCUUAUGCAUCUGUGGUGAUAGCAAUAUUAAUAAACAUAAGCCUGGUUAUUGUAUAUGCUCUUAUUCGUAGAGCGCGACCAGCUCUUAAUCACAUUGCAUGGUUUGUGCUUUGGGUUCAACUGUUAAUAAGUGCCUCGCGAAGGGUUGGAGAUUCUUACAACGAGUUACUCGGAUGGGCUAUCGUGUUACAGUAUUUCACCUUAACAACCCUUCCAUUUCAUCACUUGUUGCUCACCGUUUAUAGUACAAUUUCUUUCUCAGCUUACUUAUUAAUACAGUACUACAAUGCGUCUAUUUGGGAUGAUAGAGUCGAAGGCAAUUUACUAUCACAGCAACUAGCCAAUGGAUGUUUAUUACUUGGAGCCACGUUACUAGGCGGUACAGCCUAUGUUAUAAAUGAGCGUAAACAGCGACAAUCUUUUCAAGAAACGAAAAGGAGCUUAGGUGAUAAACUGACAAUUGAGCAACAGAGUAAAGAACAGGAAAGAUUACUUCUAUCAGUGCUACCGGAACAUGUAGCCGUGAAAAUGAGAGCCGAUCUGGGCCUUAUUGAUACACAAUUUAAAAAAAUAUACAUGUCAAGGCACGAAAAUGUAAGCAUUUUAUAUGCAGACAUUGUAGGAUUUACGGCUAUCUCUUCCACAUAUUCUGCUCAAGAUCUUGUGGCAAUACUUAAUGAACUGUUUGCUCGAUUUGAUCGUUUAGCAGAGAAAUACCAGCAGUUGCGUAUAAAAAUUCUCGGCGAUUGUUACUAUUGUAUCAGCGGUGCUCCUGUGGAAAGACCGGAUCAUGCUGUGCUCUGUGUGCACAUGGGCCUAUCAAUGGUUAAAGCUAUAAAGUAUGUACAACGAAUAACGAACUCCCCUGUGGAUAUGCGAGUCGGCAUUCAUACCGGUGCAGUGCUUGCCGGAGUGCUGGGUCAGCGACAAUGGCAAUUCGAUGUGUAUUCCCGGGAUGUAGAAUUGGCAAAUAAAAUGGAAAGCAGCGGAAUGGCUGGACGCGUGCACGUGUCGGAAGUGACGCUUAGUUUCCUGAACGACGAGUUUGAAGUUGAACCGGCACAUGGCGAGCGCCGUGAGGAGAUGCUGCGACAAGCGGGGAUCAAGACUUACUUCAUUGUUCGGUUCAAGGGGAGCGAAGAAAAGUGUAUCGAAGGUGAGGCGGGUGGAGGCGACUGGCCCGACGUUCUCUCCGACCUCAAAGACGAUGAUGAGGACUCGGUUCUUUCCCCGCAAGAGGAAACACAGGUCAGCGAAGAAAUGAAAAUCCACGCAAUGUUGCAAGAGGAAUUGGUUAACCGCGAUGAUGACAAGGAGCUCGCAGAUGGGACAACCCUCUGUUUAACUUUCAAAGAUAACGAGGUCGAAAGCGGUUACGCACAGCGAGGCAAUUCCUACCCGCAGGCGAUCGGAGCCCCGCCGAUGAUAAUCCUUCCUGCUUUAACGCCUAUUAUCACAUUUGCUGUACCCAGUACUUGGACAUUCCAAGCUUUUUACAUCGCCCUUAUAAUAGAAGCCUGCGCUCUCAACAUUUUGUACCUCAUUGUCUUCAGAUGCGCUCAGUAUAAGAAUAAGAAGAUUCCUACUUAUUGGAAAUUGGCUUGCGGAUUAUUAAAUAUCGCCGUAUUCGUUUCUUUAAAUAUCAUACCUUUGAUUCUUUGUGGCCAUAUCGAGAGCAACCUGGAAGAAGAACAAUUAAGUCCCAAAAAUGUGGAAUUGGUCAAAAAUCAGCGUUGUUUACACUCCUCGUAUUAUUAUCAUAUGGGUGUCGGUGUGGCGUGUAGCGUGCUAUGGGUGCGGCCGCUCCGCGAGGGCUAUCGCGUGUUGAUGCUGCUGACCGUAGCCGCUGCGUACGCGCUACCGGCCGUGCUGUACCCGGCGCUGCUCACUCGAUACCAUCUGCCUUAUGAUCCUUUUGAACAUCUUAAUGUUACAACCUUCAACGAUACUAUGGUUUUGGAUUUUAUGUCCCAAGUCCACGCGACGCGACACAUAAUAAUGUUGUUUAUAGUUAUCAUUGGGUUGAUUAUCUAUCACAGAUACUGCGAGUCGCUGGAGCGCGCGCGGUACUCGCGCGGCGCGCGCAUGCGCGGGCAGGCGGAGCAGGCGCGUGAGCUGCGGCGGCGCAACGAGGCGCUCGUGCACAACGUGCUGCCGCCGCACGUCGCCACGCACUUCAUGGGCGCGCGCCACCACCACCGCGACCUCUACAGCCAGAGCUACGCGGAGGUCGGCGUGCUUUUUGCCUCUAUGCCCAACUUUACAGAAUUUUACUCAGAAGAAACGGUCAACAAUCAAGGCCUAGAAUGUUUACGGUUUCUCAACGAAGUUAUAUCCGAUUUUGAUCUCUUACUCGAAGAUUCGAAAUUCAGUAAGGAUAUAAUUAAAAUAAAAACGAUUAGUUCCACUUACAUGGCUGCAUCCGGCCUAAACCCUUCGCGACAAAUGCAGCCAUCUGACGGUAUUCUGGUACGUUGGGCGCACUUGGCUUGCUUGGUGGAGUUUGCCUUAGAGCUUCAGCGUGUACUGGCUGCUAUAAAUGAGCAAUCGUUCAACCAUUUCGUGCUCCGUAUGGGAGUCAACCACGGGCCCAUAACAGCCGGCGUCAUUGGGGCUAGGAAACCACACUACGACAUAUGGGGCAAUACUGUCAAUGUGGCGUCUCGAAUGGAAAGCACCGGAAAG